ACAUCAUGGCAAAUCUUGGUCCAUAUGAAGAGCUCGUCGUCAAAGCCCUUGGGAGGCACGCCUUUCUCGGCCAGCUCUACAACGGAGGGUCAUCGACUCUACUCUCUGAAAAUCUCUUCGGUAAUGCGGAGAUCAUCAGCAAAGAGUCCAGCACAUCUUUCUCCGAUCAGUCGUUCAAGGAGGUCAGAAGUAUCCAGGACAGGGCGGAAUCUUUGGAUGUUUCCGCAUCCUUGUCGCUCUCGAUUCUUGGCGGAGCGCUCGACAUCAGCGGGUUCGGAUCCUACCUAGACCGCAGUAACAAGAAGAGCGAAUCCCACACCCUCGUCACCGUGGCUCGCGUCCUUACCAAGCAUAAUCGCUUGGAAAUUCAACCUAUGCUCGACCGCGUUGCGAUGCUUGAUGAUGUCGUCCAGAAAACUCGUGCCACUCACGUCGUCACGGGCAUCACUUAUGGCGGUACCGCUCUCGGAACUGUCGUACUCAAGAAAUCGUCCUCCGAUAAGGCCAACGAAAUCAAAGGAGAGCUCGACCUGAGCUUUACCAAGGCUGCUUUAGUGAAGAUAUCUGGAAAAGGCACGCUGUCGAAAGAAGACAAGGAGAAGCUGGAAAACAUCGAUCUCGACGUCCGUCUGAUCGCAGACUUCCGUGACAAGAAAUCCCCUGCACCCUCCACCGCCACGGAGCUCAUGGAGGUUGUCAAACGUACGGUGGAACUCAUCGGUGACACCGGUGUCCCCUACGAACUUCGCCUUACUCCUAUCUCUCGAUUCAUGGGAGACACAGUUAACGGUCUUUUCCGCGAGUUGGCAGCGGCUGACAUGUCUAAAAUCACUGAGUUCUACGACGAUCUCGUGACCUUGAGCCAGAAUCGCACCUCUCUCCGCACCACUUUUGAGCAGAACCAUACUCUUCUCUUCCCAACCUUUGUCAAGACUUGCCGCGCUCGGUCGUCCGAGGUCGACCGUCUGCUGGGUGAAGCACGCGAAAAGCUCAAGGGUUUCCUCACGAAGUUCCGUGAAAACGACUCGAGUGUGAACGUCGAGGCCUUCCUCAAGGAAGCGGCGCCAGGCUAUGAGAACGAGUUGAAACUUUACAACGCGGAUCGCGCUGUUGCCGCAAAACUGCUGGAUAUCAAGAGGGGUGCUGAUGACCGAAAGUUUCCGCUUGUCUCGGUGGAGAAGCUUCGGGAAGAGAUGAACAGGAUUGACAGAGCAACCGUUGCUCUUGUCCUGGUCCCUGCUGACGUCCAGGUCGUCAGCCUGCUCAACACCUAUCGAGUUUUGGCCGACGAUAUCCAAGCCUGGCGUUCCUCUCAGGAUGCUGUACAGCCGUCGUCCAGCCCCAACACGCCAGCCCCGACUGUCUACUUCUCCGUCUACAUUGACCCGUUGGUGGAGAGUGACCUUCUCAUCCUAGAUGGCGCCAAGAAGUCCCUUGCUUACGCCAUCAGCACAGCCAACACUACAAAGGAAACCGUUUUCCUCACAUUUGGUGUUUCCCGCCUCAAUGUUCGAACCCUUGACUGGAAUGCGCUCGGCCAAGAAGGGUGGGGUAUUCUGUCUAACGAAGGUCAAGGUUGGAAGUAUGUUGGUGACGUCCAGGGCGGCCGCCGCAACGGCUCUGGCGUAAUCUCCUAUGCAGAUGGUACAUCGUAUGCAGGAGGUUGGUUCAACGACGAGCGGGACGGCUUUGGGAAAUUGACGAAGACCAGGGAGGGCGGCGCAGUCAUCGAAGAGGGUGUCUACAUCGAGAACGUGUUGAGGUCCGACGGCGUCGUUGUUGAUACCACCGUCGUCAACAAUGGUUCUGUUGUUGGGUUUGCGAAGAUCGCCUUGAGGUCUUAUGAUUCCGUUUCUGGCCACGUUGACAAGAUAGCACGAGUUCUUGGAUGGAAGUCCGGCCAGAAGUAUAGGCUUAAGUUGGAGUCCACCUCUGGCGCCUUCACUGCUCAGACCGUGUUGGUCAACGGUCCGUUGAUCGACGCCUCUGAGCACCCCAGCAUUGAGACCUCUGCAUGGCCUCUGGACAAGGGCGCAAAAGGAGAGCUCAAGAUCAAAGUUGAAAAGUUGUAA